AUGGUCGUCCGAAGGGAUGUCGAGUUCAAUGAAAACGAUUUUGGCGACAAGGAUGAAAUGAUGACGACAAAAUCUCAAGAUCAAACGACAGAAGACGUGAAAGAAGAAACGGUGGAAUUCGAAGAAGAAAAAUUGGGAGAAGUAUCCACAGAACCAAGGACUUCUGGUAGAACACGGAAAGCCCCUGUCAGAUAUGGAUACGACGAGUAUGCAGAGACUGCUAGUCCUGUACAUCCCGCACGUCAUGUCGCUUACAAUGUAUGUGAGAUAGAAGAACCCUCGUCCAUGAGCAAAGCUAAAGAAAACCAACACUCGAAAGAAUGGAUGGCUGCUGCUGACUCAGAAUACAAUUCACUGAUGGAAAACAAGACCUGGAGACUUGUACAGUUGCCACCUGGUCGAACAGCUAUUGGUUGCAGAUGGGUAUUCAGAGCGAAGCACGAUUCUGAUGGAAGAGUAAAUCGUUUCAAAGCGCGGCAAGUUGCCAAACGAUAUGCUCUUGGACUAGAACUUAUUGUUUAA